CAAAUUAGGAUAGCGUUGUUAAUUGUUUCAAUUUGACAGUUUUGCUGUAGCUCAUUUUGUUCUCGUAAGAUGACAAGUCAAGCAGAACGUAUUAAGGCAUUUAAGCUUGCACAACAUGCAAGGUUAAGGAAGCAGGAUGAGGAAGAACAGUGGAUAUCGAGUGAGGAAUUAUGUACCGAGGGUAGCAGUGACGAAGAAUCUCAUGCAAGCACCACAAGUCACCGAAAAAUGAAACGAAAUAAACCACAGAAACGAGGAAUAUCACCACUUGCUCAACUUCCGAAAAAAGAAUCAACCUCUUCAAAUCUACAGGAAUCCAAAUAUUUAUUUCCAGAGCGUGUCCAGUCCGUUGAUAAAGCGAACUCUCAGAAAUCAGUUGAUUCAAAGAACAGCGAAUCUGAGGAAUCGAUCGAUGAGUCUGAAAUGGAAAAGAUGAUUCAGUGGAGACCCAAACGGGGCAGCAUUAAGUUGCCGGAUUUCCCAGAAGAGACAACUCAAGACCACCUGUCUAAAAUGGAUUAUGGUCUCUAUACUGAAAUGUCUAUUGUUGUAAGACGUCUGAACCAACGACCACUAACACAAAAAUGCCAUUUAGUUUCUCAUGAAACAAUUGCAGAAGAGUAUCUACCUAAACAGCCCAUUCAAGACACAAGUAGUGCUACAGUUUCAACAUUAUCUGCUAAUAUGUUCCAGCUUGAUUCCAAGAUUAAUGAGAAAGAUUUGUUGUAUCAGAAAGUGAAAGGUCAACGUAAAGUUGCGCAGAAUGAAAUGUGCAUGUUAAUAUUCAAUGAUAAUGAACCGCGUAGGGACACCCAAAAGUUUCUUGAAUUGUGCCAUUUUGAUGUUAAGAGGCAAACGACUGAAAUUGAAGAUAGUAAAGAAUGUCGACCUAAGAUCCGUGCUAAAACAUAUCGAAAGAGUUUUUUAAUACGAAAUAUACAUGUAGCGAAGUUUUAUUCAAUGGCGAAAUCUUCUUUAACGGACGAGGAAAAACUUAAACUGGAAACCUUACUUGCAGAUGAUAGCGAGGAAUCUCCUACAAGUAACACAAAUCAUGUGGAAAAAAGCGAAAAAGCAAAUGAAACGCACUCCGAAGAGGAUUCUUCAGACUAUAACUAUUUCAAAAUGAAAACUGAGGAAAAAUCCCUUAUGGCGAACUUAACGACACAAUUACAGGAGAUUUUGCAUUCGUACGGAGAAGAUUGCAAUAAACUGGAGACGUCGGAAGGGGACGUUUUAGAAUGCGCUGAUAAUGAAGGGAAGUUUUGGAAACACGAUCAACUGCAACAACGAUUAGAACACAUUCAAAAGAGGCUUAACCAAAUUGCCGUAAAAGAUGCUGAAGAGCAAGAACGUUUGAGCUCGAUUCAUUUAAAUUCAAAUGAAUGAUACAAUUGCGAUUAAUAAUAAUUAA